AAUAGGCUCCCUCGAGUUCACAACAGACAACAUGGUGCUCAUGUCGUAAGCGUGGGACCGUGCCAUCUUUAACUUUUACACACUGCGGUCACCCAGGCUGUGGUGCUCAGACUGGGCUUCUCCUAGCCCUACCUGGAGUGCCACAUCCACUGCUGUCGUCAUCGCUCACCGCCAUAUUGGGUGAGCCACUGAAGAGACGAGAAAGAAAGAGUGGAGCCAGAGAGAAGGAGGGGGAGAGACCGAGAUCUCGGGUUUGUAAACCGCUCAUUUUUAAUGCCAAAACGGGAAUAAAACGGCAGAACGCAGCCCAUUUAUGAAACGGUAACUUCUUAGGAUCUGAAUCGCAGGCAAGAGAUCAGGAUCUUCCCUUUUUUGCCGUUGUUUGGACUUGUCUGGAGAGACUAUGACUUCCCUGACCCAGCGAAGCUCGGGCCUGGUGCAGAGGCGGACCGAGGCCUCACGCAGCGCCGCCGCCGACAAGGAGAGGGGAUCUGGGGAUGAGGAUCCUGAGCCCCGCAGAGGGGAAGAGCAGGAGGAAGAUGACAAGGGGGAUUCCAAAGAAACCCGGCUCACCCUGAUGGAGGAGGUGCUUCUUCUGGGACUAAAGGACAGAGAGGGCUACACAUCCUUUUGGAAUGACUGCAUCUCUUCUGGUUUACGGGGCUGCAUGCUCAUUGAACUGGCAUUAAGAGGUCGUCUGCAGUUGGAAGCAUGUGGAAUGAGGCGGAAAAGUCUAUUGGCAAGAAAGGUGAUCUGUAAAUCAGAUGCUCCGGCUGGGGACGUCCUGCUUGAUGAAGCUUUGAAACACAUUAAAGAGACCCAGCCACCUGAAACUGUGCAAAGCUGGAUCGAGCUGCUGAGCGGUGAAACGUGGAACCCUUUGAAGCUACACUAUCAGUUAAGGAAUGUGCGUGAACGACUGGCCAAGAACCUGGUGGAGAAAGGAGUGCUCACCACAGAGAAACAGAACUUCCUGCUUUUCGACAUGACCACGCACCCCCUCACCAACAACAACAUCAAGCAGCGCCUCAUUAAGAGAGUGCAGGAAGCCGUGCUGGAGAAGUGGGUGAACGACCCCCACCGCAUGGACAAGCGCCUGCUGGCCCUCAUUUUUUUAGCCCAUUCCUCAGACGUGUUGGAGAAUGCUUUCGCCCCCCUUUUGGACGACCAGUACGACUUGGCCAUGAAAAGAGUACGACUGCUGCUGGACUUGGACCCCGAAGUUGAAAGUAUGAAGACCAACACAAAUGAGCUUGUUUGGGCUGUCAUGGCAGCCUUUACUAAAUAGAUGUUUCAAGUGGACUGAUAGCAAACUUGUUCUUAUGUCGCUAUGUCAUGUAGUUUCCUCUAUAUUAAAUUGGGUCAUUGACUCCUCCACAUGUAUCCUCCUUUUUAAUUUUUUUUAAGUCCUUCAUCUAUUUCUUUUUUUUUUUUUUAAGGAAGAACUGUGCUUUUAUGAAUGCUCAUGUUUUUCUUCUGUUGCAACCAGGACACAAAUUGGUUUGGUUUCAAAGCCACUGGGGUGAUAUUUUGAGCAUGAUGCUGAGACUGUGGAGGGACCUAUUCAAAGUAUUUACAUGUUUAAUGAUCAACCUAAUACAUACUGAUUUAUUUUAGUUAGUUUGUUUUUCAGCAAAUAUAUUUCCAGUUGUGUAUUGUGCAGCUCAAGAUAAUCCACUGUGACAUUUAAUGCCUGAUUCUUUUUCUCGGUUCACAUGUGUAAUGCAGUGUCAUCUGUGUAAGGCCCUCCAGCUGAUAAUGCACACUUCUACAACAAGAGGUACUGAGAUUUACCAUCCAAGUCAGUCUACCUAGCAAAAGGUACAUUUUGCAGAAGUUUGCAACAAUUCAACACUGCUGUAGAAAUAUCUUUAUUUUUAGUUCUUCCAAUUCAUACAACCUAGAUCUUUUAAAUCUUAAAUAUAAACCUUCCCAAAAAAAAAGGAUAUUUUUUUUCUUUUACUAAAUACACCCUUAAAAGAUCGGUUUAUGUGAAUUACUGUUCUGUGUUGAUGGAUGCAGCGUGUUAGCCUCUUUAAACCUGUAAUAUUUCAUUUUUGUCAUUUUAAAAUAAUACAGUAAAGUGCUACCAACACAGCCUCCCAUUGCCUAUACGUCACACUAUUGAAAUAUAGCAAUCCUGGGAUGGGGUACAUUCCAGUACACUCUGUAUAUAUUUUACCAUAUAGAUUAAACCCCUGUACCCUAGUAUUCUGCAGGACACAAGUAUGCACCUGGCCCUCAUUCUUACUUUCCCCACCAGCUGUGCUUCAUAAAGCAUAUGUGCCUCUGGUGUAAUGUUGGGAUGUACUGUAUAGGUAUCCCCACCAAUGCAGAUCAUCUUCUAGUUUUGUUUUUCCCAGUGUGUUGUACGAAACAGUUGUGUCAUGUUCUGUUUGUAUAACUCGUGAAGGAAGCUUUUGACCAAUUCUCUCAACCUGGAGUGUAACUCUUGCAUUUGUGCUCAAGAAAACAAAAAGAUAAUGUGUUUCUCUGCAAGUCUUCUUCAUAUGCCUUUCAUUUUGCAUGACAUUUUUUUUUAUUUCUUUUAAUACACAGUACUCUAAUUCAGUGAUUUAAUUACUCAUUUUGUAUUGCAUAUACCUUUUAGUUACCACAUUAAGCAAAAUCAUUUUUCUUUUGUUCAUUUUUUUUUAAACUUAUUAUUGUUACCUCCUUAUGGCUUGCUUUAUGGUAGCUAACUUCAUUUAAUGUAUAUAAUACUUUGGGCUGAUAAACCUACAAUGAUUUGGGUGUAUAGCUGACUUGUGAUGGGGUUUGCAGGUGUCUGACCUUUUUGUUAAUAUACCAGAUAAUGUAUAACUGUAUACAAGAAAUUAUAGGGAUUCCUAAUCUGUAUACUUGCUUUUUACCAUACAAUAAACUAAGAUCUUGAAAGUGCCUGAAA